GGCGGAGAUGGCUUGGAGUUAGGCUUGAGUAGGUGUCCCUUACGCCGCUGCUGUCCUUUUUCUGCUACAUCCCACUCACUGCCUCCUUCAUCAUUUCCUCCUCUUUGUGAGCAGCAGGUCUUACCGCUGUUCUUUCCUGCCUGAUAUCUGCCGCGGGAUUGAUGCCGUUUUUCCUGCUUGUCUCUGAGCGUGACAGAGAGGGGAUGCAGGAGAGCUACUUGGUGGGAUCGCUCCAGCUCUGUGGAGCUGGUGGUGCCAACUGGUGAGGCGCUGUCUUUGCCUGGGACGUGAAACAAGUUGGAUCAGGAGAACGAGAGGGAGAAGUAAAGGUUGCUUUUUCCUGCACCGUCCGUUCUUGCUCGUCGUUCCAGCCCUGGAAUCCUUUCUUAAAGGGAAAUCGGUGGAAGGAGAGUUCGAAGAAAGGUGGGGCAGGACCCACCUGACUCGGCAUCAGAGUGAACGAAAAUGUCUUUAUUUAAAGCCCGUGAUUGGUGGUCUACUGUUCUGGGAGAAAAAGAAGAAUUUGAUCAAGGCUGUUUGUGUUUGGCUGAUGUUGACAAUACUGGAAAUGGACAAGAUAAAGUAAUUGUGGGUAGCUUUAUGGGAUACCUAAGGAUCUUUAAUCCUCAUCCUGUAAAAACAGGAGAUGGAGCUCAAGCUGAAGAUUUGCUUCUAGAAGUGCAUCUACGAGAUCCAAUACUGCAAGUGGAAGUAGGAAAGUUUGUUUCAGGUACUGAAAUGCUUCAUUUGGCUGUGUUGCAUUCUAGAAAACUGUGUGUCUACUCUGUCUCAGGAAGCUUGGGUAAUGUGGAACAUGGGACCCAAUAUCAGAUCAAAUUGAUGUAUGAACAUAAUCUUCAGAGAACAGCCUGCAAUAUGACUUAUGGAUCAUUUGGUGGUGUAAAAGGUCGCGAUUUAAUUUGUAUCCAGUCUAUGGAUGGAAUGCUGAUGGUGUUUGAGCAGGAAAGCUACGCUUUUGGGAGAUUUCUCCCUGGUUCUCUUUUACCUGGCCCUCUUGCUUACAGUUCCCGUACAGAUUCCUUCAUUACUGUUUCAUCCUGCCGACACGUGGAAAGUUACAAAUACCAAGUACUUGCUUUUGCAACGGAUGCAGAUAAAAGACAAGAGACUGAACAGCAAAAACUUGGUUCUGGAAAAAGACUAGUUGUGGAUUGGACUCUAAAUAUUGGAGAGCAAGCCCUUGAUAUAUGUAUUGUCUCUUUCAAUCAGUCAGCAUCUUCUGUUUUUGUUCUUGGUGAGAGAAACUUUUUUUGCCUUAAGGAUAAUGGACAAAUUCGAUUUAUGAAGAAACUUGAUUGUAGCCCAAGUUGUUUUCUCCCAUAUUGCUCAGUUUCUGAAGGAACAAUAAAUACUUUGAUUGGAAACCAUAGUAACAUGUUGCAUGUUUAUCAGGAUGUGACAUUGAAGUGGGCCACUCAACUUCCCCACAUUCCUGUAGCAGUAAGAGUGGGCUGUUUACAUGAUUUAAAGGGAGUGAUAGUCACUCUGAGUGAUGAUGGUCACUUGCAGUGUUCAUACCUGGGGACAGACCCUUCUUUGUUCCAAGCUCCAAAAGUUGAAUCUAGAGAACUAAACUAUGAUGAACUUGAUAUAGAAUUGAAAGAACUUCAGAAAAUCAUCAAAGAUGUUAACAAAUCACAAGGUGUUUGGCCUAUGACCGAGAGAGAAGAUGACCUGAAAGUCUCUGCCAUGGUUUCUCCUAACUUUGAUUCGGUAUCUCAAUCUACUGAUGUUGAAGUGGGAGCUGACCUUGUCCCUUCAGUCACAGUGAAGGUCACACUGCAGAAUCGAGUGACAUUGCAAAAGAUCAGAUUAUCGGUCUAUGUACAACCACCUUUAGUAUUGACUUGUGAACAGUUCACCUUUCAAUUUAUGGCACCAGAGAUGACUAGAACAGUAGGCUUUUCCGUUUAUCUGAAAGGAAGUUAUUUACCACCUGAAUUGGAAGGAACUGCUGUUGUGUCUUAUUCCAGACCUACAGAUCGAAAUCCUGAGGGCAUUCCUCGAGUUAGCCAGUGUAAGUUUAGACUUCCCCUGAAAUUAAUCUGCUUGCCAGGCCAGCCUUCAAAAACUGCAAGCCACAAACUAACUAUUGAUACCAACAAAUCUCCAGUCAGUCUUCUCAGUCUCUUUCCAGGCUUUGCCAAUCAGUCAGAAGAUGAUCAGGUGAAUGUAAUGGGUUUUCGCUUCUUAGGAGGUUCCCGAGUUACUCUUCUUGCUUCCAAAACCUCUCAACGAUAUCGCAUCCAGAGUGAACAAUUUGAGGAUCUUUGGCUCAUAACAAAUGAGCUUAUUAUCCGCCUUCAGGAAUAUUUUGAAAAACAGGGAAUCAAAGAUUUCGCAUGUUCUUUUUCUGGAUCUAUGCCCCUUCAAGAAUAUUUUGAGUUGAUCGAUCAUCAUUUUGAGUUGCGGAUAAAUGGUGAAAAAUUAGAAGAACUCUUAUCUGAAAGAGCUGUACAAUUUCGGGCCAUUCAACGCCGGCUAUUAACAAGGUUCAAAGAUAAAACACCUGCUCCUCUCCAACACCUGGACACCUUGCUAGAUGGAACUUACAAGCAGGUAAUCGCUCUAGCAGAUGCGGUAGAGGAAAACCAAGACAAUCUGUUCCAGUCAUUCACCAGGCUAAAAAGUGCCACCCAUUUGGUGAUUCUGCUGAUCGGGCUGUGGCAGAAGCUUAGCGCCGACCAGAUUGCUAUCCUGGAAGCAGCAUUUCUGCCACUGCAGCAGGACACUCAAGAACUGGGCUGGGAAGAAACGGUGGAUGCUGCUAUUUCCCACCUUUUGAAGACCUGCCUAUCGAAGAGUUCCAAGGAGCAGGCUUUGAACCUCAGCAGCCAGUUGAGCAUACCCAAAGACACAAGCCGAUUGAAGAAACAUAUCACCUUGCUGUGCGAUCGAUUAGCCAAAGGUGGACGUCUCUGCCUAAGUACUGACGCAGCGGCUCCGCAGACCAUGGUCAUGCCAGGUGGCUGUGCUACGAUCCCUGAAUCAGACCUAGAGGAAAGAUCAGUAGAACAAGACUCCACUGAACUGUUUACCAACCACAAACACCUCAUCGUGGAGACGCCCAUGCCUGAAGUUUCACCCCUCCAAGGAGUUUCAGAAUAGUUGAAGUAGAGUUGUCUGGUUGAGGGGAAGAUGGCCUUCCCAAGGCUGAUCAUGUGUGGACCUCAUGCCAAGCACAGAUGAAGGUGCUUCAUACAGCUCACCUGCCAGGAGAUAACAAUAGGUAGAGAUGGGGAUGGGGACUUUUAAUUUUUCUAGGAGGACUUGUAAUGCUAUGGGCAAGUCAGUUGAACUUGUCUUACCAGGAAAGGAUGUUGCUGCUUUUUGGUCAUCUGUAUGCUUUCAGCCACAGGAUAUAGUGAGAUGACAUCUUUUGGGGGCAGACUUUGUAAUGCAAAGACCCAGAUCCUACUUGAUACCCCAAUUUUUUCACAGAAUUCUUAUAUAUUAAAUGUAUCAAGUUUAAUAAAAGCAUCUCAUUGUC